GCGAAGAUCCAACUUGUCGCCAUCGUGCUACUGUACUGCAUGAGUAGCGAAGUGACCGUGUACAGUUUCAAGGCCGCGUUGUACUCGCUAGACGAAUCGUCGCAAGAGUGGCUGCUUAGCGAUACCAAUGACGAUCCCGUCGCGCAGUAUUACGUGUUCAUGGACAACGCGGACGUGCCCAAGUUUCGCAUGGUGGGCUGGGUAGAGGAUUCCGGUGACGUGGUGCUCAACAAUGCGCUCACAAAGCACUGCAUCUGGCUUCCUGUGAAUGAGUACUUUGUCCAGUUCACCACUCCCGACGACAUCACCGUGGGUCUCUCGUUCGCCGACCUCGAGCAAGCGCAAGAAGCGUCCACGAUCGUGCUUCGCAUUCUACAAAACCUCGUGAACGUCGCUACCUCAGAAAGCAACAACGCGCCACGAGAAUAUUCCGAAGGCGGCGAAGUCGAUGCAUUGUCCAAAACGACGUCGGAGCUCAAGGAGUACCUCACAUUCGUCCGUACGCAUGGCACGUCAUCCCUCGAGUACCUCCAAGCAUGCGCCGAGGCAGUGCAUGUCGUGGACGACGUCGACACCCUCUUGUCGUCCGAAGCACUGGACCGUGUAGACGACCGUUUCAAGCAUCGCUCCGCUCCGAGCUUUUUAUCCGACGACGACCGCCGCAGCCUUCGAUUGCAAUACGCCGCCGCCCAACUUCACCAAUCGCUUGUGCCGCCAUCGCGCCGAAGUUCAUCCAGUGCGCCGCCACCGCCACCAGCUGCGGUGGCUAUGAAAGACGUCGACUUUCGACGAGGCAGUGCGCCGCUCGGGUGCCUCAUGCCACCCUCGUUGCGGCGGUGUUCGUCGUCCAUCAACAGCUCAUUAUCGUCGUCGUCCCGAUGCAGUUCUCGGCGUCAGUCGUUGGCCAAUUUUGACGAAGUGGAGCGGGCGACCAUGGCCGCCGUGGACAGCAACCUCCAAGACGAAGAAGGAGGAGAGCGAACGUGCAACAGUCCUGCCUUCUUGCGCGCUACAUUUGGAACGUACACUGGUGUUGGGCCUCGAACGUCGUCCAGCAGCAGUGCCACGUCAGACCAUACAAGUGUCAUCAGCCGGCCGUACGAAGCCAAGCAGGAGAUGCACGUGACGUUUAACGCGGUGUUGGCUCGGUAUGAGGGGCUACCGUUGGCGUGGGUGGGCCUCAACAAGCAGUUUGGACUUCCCAUGGAAGCCAUGCCGAAGCGAGUCGUCGACGGGUACGACAGCAAGAUCCCGGCCGUCUUGCAGAUGAUGAAGGAGUACUUGGUGCUGCACGGGGGCCUGGAGACGGAGGGUAUCUUCCGCCUCGCGCCGGACAAAGAGCAGUGCAGCCGCGUGAAGGACGCCAUCAACAACGGAUCGUUUGGCGGUUGCAACGAUGUGCACAUUGUCGCCAAUUUGAUCAAAGUAUGGUUUCGAGACCUCCCCACGAGCUUGUUCAAUGUCAUUCCAGACAAAAUUAUGUACAAAACGUGUACCCUCAAGACACCAGAAAGCGUGAUGGACAUGCUGGCGGAUGUGCCCGAGGCCAGCAAAAUAGUUAUCCUGUGGUUGUUGGACUUGAUGGCCGAAGUCGUCAAGCACGAAAAGGCGACUAAAAUGAGCUCCAAAAACAUGGCGAUUGUGUUGUCGCCCAACCUGUUUAGCAUCGAGUCAGACAACCCCAUGGUCGCGCUAACCAUGUCGCAGAAAGUGGCCGAGUUCACCACCGUGUUGUUGAAUGCUCGGCUGGCGUUGCAUCACGGAUAUGUCAAGUAACAAUACCAGCUAAACCACUAAAAGAUUCUCCAGUUAUAGCGUUGUUUAUGCCAACUCAGUGUCGGGGGUCGACGGAGUCUUGGUGGCGUGGACGUCCAUCAUCGUCGCCUUCAAACUCAUUCUCGUCUUGGUGGUGUCGGGAG